AUGGCUUCCAAAGGAGUUUCCCUCCUAAAGUUCGUGGGAACUGUUUCCCUCGGCCUUCUGACUGGCCUCUCCUACUCCCUCUCUACCGUCACCGUCCCCUCGAUCCUCUCCCUCCCCUCCGCGUCCGAUGCCCUACGCGCCUUCAAGAACCUCUACCCCGGCGCGACCGCCCGCCUGCGCAUCCUGACCGGCGUCUCCGCCACAUCAUUCUUCCUCGCCUUCUUCUUCUCCCCGCGCGCCUACCGCCACCCUUACCUUGUCUACUCCUCCGUCCUCUGUCUGACCUCUGGCCUCGCCGAGACCAUCACCCCCUACGUCCUCAAGGGCUCUCCCGAGUCGUCCAAGGAGUCCAUCGCCGCCCGCCGGCAAGCCAGCCGCCAGCGAGAGGAGGCCCGCAAGGCUGCCCGCCUCGCCCGCCAAGAGGCCCGCAUGGAGGCUAGCUAUGAGCUCCUUGGCGAUGCGCACAGCGACGGUGCCGCCAGCGCGAGCGGCGACGACGCGGCCACGGCCGCUGAGGAGGAGGAGGCCCUGAACGGCGAGGAGGUCCGCAGCGAGGUCGAGGGCUUCAGAAAGACGCAGCUUGUGCAGUCUGCCAUUGCCUCGUUGGGUUUUCUCUUGUCCGUCGUCGGCAUCUGGGGCGAUGGUGCUAUCCAGGUCUUCCGGACCGAGACUGUCAUUGUUGGUGUAUGA